AUGCCCAGCAUGUGGAAAGGAAAUGACAACGACAAUGGCGGCCAGGGUCUUCUGUCGGCUCAGGAACCCACACCAAUCUCCAACGACGAUGGAGCGUCGAGGUCCUCGCGCAGAAGUAAUGGAGCAUCGAGGAGAAGCGAAGAGCCCACGGAGAGGACCCGUCUUCUCGACCGUCCCAGGCCACCACCCAACUCAGAUGGCUACCUCGAUCCAGAUGACCCAGCUGUGUCACCAUACAACCUAUGGACUGUUCGCGCCAUGCGAUACUUGACCAUCCUCUUCCUCGUAGUCACCUUCUUGUGGUGGGUGCUUUUGCUGGUCUCCAUCUUCGUCUCCCCUCCUGGCCUACACACUCGUGGAUCCGGCUUCUUCGACUUCGCCUACACAUGUCUCACCCUUGGCAACCUUCUCGUCGCAACCAUCUUCUUCGUUACUCCUGCCAGAGGCCUGCGCAUCACCACGGCUAUCAUCGCCGGACUCCUAGCCAUCGACAUGAUCCUCAUCUUGGCCAUUCCUCGCAUCAGGCUCGAGGAAGGCUGGGUCGGUAUCGCAAGUGUUGUCUGGGCUUUCGUCAUGGCUGUUUGGUGCAUUCUGACCGAUCGUGUCGUCGCAUACGGCAAGCACGAAGAGGAGGAACGUCUUACUGGCCGAGCCGAGACGCGCCGCACACUGAAGGAAUGGCUUGCUGUUACCGUCGCUACGAUUCUUACCGUCGUUUUCAUCGUCAUCGUCAUCUUGAUGACUGGAACCCUCGGCAUGCGUGGCCGCGACGCAACACUCAAGAUGUAUGGUGAACGCAUCCUUGUAGACGGUGACAAGUAUGCCGUGCAUCUCGCCUGCGUCGGAAACGUCACCCAGACCCACGGCGUCGACGACCCUACCAUCCUCCUCGAGGCGGGCGAAUCGCCAUUGGAGUACGACUUCGAGCACUGGGCCUACGCAGCUUACAAGAACGGUACCAUCUCCCGCUACUGCUACUGGGACCGCCCCGGCUAUGCUUUCUCUGAUAACGCACCCUCCCCACACUCGGCCGGCAUGUCCGCAGACGCAUUCUCGGAAGCUCUUGCUAAGGCUGGAGAAGAGGGUCCUUAUAUUCUGGUCUCUGCGGGUACUGGCAGCAUCGUCUCCCGUAUCUUCAGCUCGCGCCACUUGAAGCAAGUCGUUGGCAUCAUGAUGAUCGACCCUCUCCACGAAGAUCUUCUGCAUCGCAUCGGUGGACCCGGUCGUGGUUUCAUUCUCUGGGCUUGGGGUAUCAUCUCACCAAUUGGCACUGUCCGUCUCGCAGGCGCGCUCUUCAAGGGUCGCACUCGUGAAGACCGUGUCUACGGCCGCAACGCAUACCAAUCGGGCAAAUACAUCAAGGCUCAGCUCCAGGAGAACCUUGUCGCUGACAGCCUGACUAAGAACGAGGUCUCGUCUGCUAGGAACAUUCAGAGCGCCAACACUCCCCUCGUCGUCGUCUCCAGCGGUAUCAAGGUCAAGACGGACUCUGAGUGGGAGCGAAAGCAGAAGGAUCUGACUACCCUUACUGACAACCUCGUCAGCUGGGAUGUUGUCAACAAGGCACCUCAUCAGGUCUGGGACACGCUCGACGGACGCACUGUCAUGGAGAAGCGCCUCAAGCAGCUCGUCAAGGCUGCCGCCAAAGUUAAGAGCGAGGCUGAGGAGUAG